AUGCCGAUGGCGGCGAUCCACGCUUAUCAAAAUCUCGGCGUCAAUCAGAAGCUUGCGCAACUUCAGACACCUGCGCAGAGGAGGCUAGCGCCCGCGCCCCUCGACGCGUCCCGCUGCAAGAAGAAGUCGUACAUCCACCAGUCGUAUCCGACACAGCCCGCCUCGGUUGCGAGAAGGAACGCCCGUGAAAGGAACAGGGUGAAGCAAGUUAAUAAUGGAUUUGCUGCGCUGCGACAGCACAUACCGACUGCGGUGACGGCGGCCCUGGCGGGCGGCAGAGGGUCUUCGCGUAAACUGAGCAAAGUCGACACUUUGAGGCUAGCUGUUGAAUAUAUCAAGAGCUUAAAGAGACUGCUGGAGGAAAGUGAGGAAGGUUGUUCGGAUAAUCAGAUCGGGGGAAACUUGACUUCGAACGGACCACAAACGCCUCCCUCAUCGGAAGAAUCUCACUCUCCGGCACCAUCCCUAGUGUCAGAAAGCUCUGUCGGGCCAAAUUGUCACGAUGCUUACGAUUCUUACGAACCCAUGAGUCCUGAAGAUGAAGAGCUUCUUGAUGUCAUAUCGUGGUGGCAGCAACAA